UGAACGUGUAAUAGUAAUAAUGCAAUUCGAUUAAAUAAUUUAAUAUUAUAUUUUUUCCAUUCUGUGUAUUUUCCUCUAUGAAAUCGUGCGGCUCAACGUGUUAAAUGCAGCGUGUCGCCUUCACGAGAAACAAAUGAGAUUAUAAAAAACAUCUCUUCGAAACGCUUGUGAGAACAAUCUACGUUUCGUUACACAAAAUAUUGAUCGUCACGAAUAUGUGAUGUUGGUAGCGGACGUGCUGAUAUUCAUACGGGCUUCAGCUUUUUAAAAUGCAUACUGUAAACAUUGAUAAUGAACCUCGGAAUAAUUACCAUUCGAAAUAACGAAGGAAAAGAAGAAAUUAUACAGUAAUUCCUUUUACUCAAUAUCUCGUUCGAUUAUAUUUCAGGUUGCGACGGUCGUAUGCAUGCAAAACACUCAUUUCCAUAGAUACGGGCACAGUGCGAUCUGCAACGGUACGCAACCCCAGAUCGAAAAAAUUUGCAAUUUGUGGAACGCGCGUCAAUAAGCAUUAACUUAGAGUCACACUCGCUGUUGACUUCUGUCCGAUUUGUCUGCGUUGCUUGGUACAUGAACUAGCACGAUUUACGAAGCGGUUUGGUAACGAAGUUUAUUCCAUCAAAGGGGUCUCGGUUCUGCUGAUGCACGUUCCGAAAUUAAUAUUAGCUCGCGUAUGAGCGACCGAUCGUCACUGACCGGUGUAACGAACACCCGAGUCUAGCGAGCCAACCCUUAUCGAUCAGUAUUAUGCACAAGUAACUACAGUGAGCCGGACAAUAUUAUCUGAUGUCACGCACAUGUGUUUCAUAAUUAGUCUGUCUAUUUACCGUGGUCGAUAUCACGUAUUUUAAGAUCUUACAAUUAGCCGAUUUAUAUCAAGUACACUGAAAAGUUUUUGCCGAUUUUUGUUAAGCGAAAUUUCUGGUAUUGCUAUAAUAACUAUCCGGCGACCGUAAACGAUAACGCCUCUCGCAUUAAUCGAGGCGACCUUAGGUUUAAAAGUGCACAGGGGCAAGGGGACUCUUCUAUUCGUGAUGCUGGGGUAGCCUUGGCUUUUAACGCAUGGUCAUUAUUGGCGCACGAUAAUAAGAAAGGACGGAAGCGUAACCGAAUGCGAUGAAGUGAAACGUAACGAUAGAAAACAAAAUCUCUAUAGUUCCGUUUCACUCUUAUACCUUAUAAAAAUGUCUUGCUGAACGGAACCGUACUGUGUCAGACUAUAUAAUAUGAAACGUCAUUUAGAGGAAGAUGAAAAAUUGGCCGACUACCUACAAGUAAAAAAAGCAAAGAAACAAAAUAAAUUGCCCGUUUUUUCCGCUUAAUACCCUUCACGAAGACUUCUAAUACUUAGUAUAGUAGGGCCUCUGUAUUUGCAGGAUAUUGGUAAAAUUGUUACAAAUACCAAAUGCAUACGGCAUUUUACACUAAUCAAUGCAUCUCAUUUUGUCGAAUUUUGUUUCGUUCAUGUUCUUUGUUAUGAGAUUAAUCAACCCAUAACGAUGAUUUGUCAAAACAGAAGUGUUACUGUUGCUAUAGCUACUCGAUUGGGCAUCGCGAGUGGAUUUAAGCUUGUAAGUAGUCGACGAACUUCCUACUUCCGUAUAAUAUGCGUGACUUCGAGUCAAUCAGCAUCGAUCAUAAACCAAUGGUCAGUUCCCCGGAAAAGGACGGUGCCUAACUCUUUUUCUUCAGCCCUUCCUACUGCCACGUGGGAAAUAUACACCGCCCCACCUGGUUCUAUGCUUUACAAUCUUCUGUUUUAUUUCAGAGCAGCGGCCGGUUUGAUCUUCUUCCUAGAGAUCACGUGGGCCGUCACGCUGUUCGUGCAAAUCUGUGUCAGAAACGACGAGUCACUUUGUUUCUGUUGCUGGUCUGGUGUACUAGCGAUAACGAACGGCUGGCGAAGAGCAUUGUUUUAUCUACCGUUGUCCUGUGCUCUAGCGUGGAAACCACAUAAUCUAUGGCUAUCCUACGUUGCUGCCGGAUUGUUGGCAGCACUGUCUCUAUUGCACAUUGUCUCCAGCGCUUUGGAGGAUCGGGCUUUGGCAUGCCAAAUGAAUAAUGCGGAUUCGGUAGCUGAAAGUCUUUUGAACACCAGGUCCGAACAUUACGAUCGUUUUGAAGAAGUUCUGGUGACUGAAGUCAUGGAUGAUGGCAUGACAGGACCGGCAGGGAGAAUGGACAACAACGAUGGGGAAAUGUGACACGAUCGUCGGCCCUCUUGGGCGAGCGAGUCAGAUGAGGAUAGUGAACCCGAACAAAGGACGUGUCAGAUAGCAACGUUGACUUAGUCCUUGAUGCGGGAAAGGAGAGACGCUAAUUUCAGUGUCUCGCGAGAGUUACCAAGAUGAAGGCUGUCGGUCUAUCCACAAUGUCAAUCGUGACGUGGUUGAAACAAAAUUCAUGACUCUUUUUUAUGAGACUGGUUCUUUAUUGUGCAUUGCACACACCAAUAACGAGGUCAAUCCGAGACUUCUGCCGGAGAUCGAUUCAUUCUAAUAUAUAGAGUGUCAUAUAUUGUUCGUCUGUAAGUACAAUUACUUCCGGAAUUACUCGUUAUUUAAAAAAUGUCUCAAAUUCAAUUUCUUUCUUUCGAGAGAGCGUUAAUUCAGUACAUGUUGGUAUGUUUUUGGGUGAACGUGUGUAAAUAGUGCUGUAAAACGCUCGAGUCUUCGAAGCUUCAAGACUUAACAAAAGGCUCAGUCUUGAAGACUUGGAAUUCAAUAAAUCUCGAGUCUUUGAUCAAGACUCAAUCUUGAAGCUUUGAAAGCUUGAGCUGAACCUUGAAAGCCAUCAACGCUCGAGUUUUUACGCCCGAAAGACUUGAACCGUCUGUUUCUAUAUUAGGUUCGAGUAUUCAAGCUUAAAGACUCAAGCUAAUAUUGAAGACUUCGGCUUUUGCUGAAGCUCUGAAGACUCGAGGCUCAGAGCUCAUUAUUAGAACAAUACGCGUAGGAGAUAUGAAAGGUAACUAUGUGUUAUUUUUUCAAGUAUAAUCAUGUAAUUUCCUUUGCAUUAAUUGAUGGACCAGGUCAUUCUCUAAAAAAAAGUAUUAACCUAUCUACAUCGAAAACCCAUCAAAACAGAACAAAAUUAUAUUUAAAACAUUUUUUAAAUAAUGAAUAGUUCCAGAAAUAAUUUAAUUUAUAGAUUAAUACUGGACACUAUAUAUAACUACAACCGCUUGUACGGUCGUUAGUGAGAUAGAAUAUUGACCUACGUGUAAUUUUUGUCGUUCCGUACAGUGCUGUAACUUUCUAAUUAAUUCGCAUUUCUUACAAUGAAAAUAUCUUGCGUUUAUAUGCAAAUAUCCUAAUUAUGAAAUGUUUUGAGAUAAUUUAAUUGUUAAUAGGUACAGUAAAUUGAACAAUAUGAACAAUAUGUGAUUGGAGUGAAGAAUCAAUAAAAUACAUGUGGGAUUGGGCGGUACUUUUAAGGUUUAUCAAAAAUUAAUUAACAAGAUAAAAGUAUUAAGAAGACAAAAAAUGUGUGUGCAUCCGCUAAUGCUCGCUGCAGAUUCACGCUUCAGACUUGUUUACUUUAAACUAUCGACACUGUUCUCCCGACUGCCUUGGGCUCGAAUUUUCAUGCACUUUUAUCAUGCAUUCACAAUCACUUUUUUAUUCUUUUCACGCGUAUCCUUUUCACUUGCAUCUUAUUCCUUUCAUCCAUAGCUAAAACUUACGCAAUAACAUAUACGCUCCACUAAUCAUUUCAUUCUCAUGGUCUAAGUCACCCGGUUCCAAACAUUCUUCCUUCACACAUUUCCAGCUAUUCGAGAUCAGGAGGUCUGCAGUAAUACUUUCCUAAAACAUACUGUAGCAGGACGACACCGGCCACACACCCGAAUAGUCAUCUCAUAUCUUAAGCAAUUGAAUUUUACAAUAUAAGUACUGUUCUCCAAGGACGUUUGGUAACUUGUCCCAGGAACUAAA